CUUGUUAGCUCACCGCAACAUAACUGCGAAUAAAGGCAUUGCGUUACUUUAUAUGAAGAAGUGGACGCACUGACCUUGAUUUCUACCAAUCAGUGUUCACUCAUGAUAUGUCCUUUCAACAAUUAUGUUGCCAAGGUCAGAGAGCGCAUAACAAGUUCUGGAUUGUUUGCGAGGAUGAACUUGAGGCGCGGUCAGGGCGCUUCUAACAUGAAAUCGUGUGCAGACGCUCUUGGCGCAAACAUCAAGAAGCCGAAGGAGAUUCAAUGUUGGUGAACAAACUCGAUCCGAAAUCAGCGUGUCACUAGGAGAAACGGAACAAUCGAUCUUGAUGCAAAAAUAUGGAGCUGUUAGCGGAUUUGACAAUGACCCUAACAGGAAAUCGGGAAACUUUCAUAAGGCUUGUGUAAAUACAGGCAAACUUGACGCGAAAUCAGAGAACUGUAAUCUUCAGGAAACCUCAUACGAAAUCAGGAAUUAGCAGAGGCUAUUGUCUUCCUCACUAAGCCGAUGCGAAAUCGAGGGGCCAUUUAGUUAGAAAGAUUUUCUUUGGAUACUGAGACAAAUACGCAAAUACGUAUAUGAUAGACAACAGAUUAUUAUACAUGAGUAUAUGUCGUGAAUAAAUAAGUAUAAUUAUGUAUUAUCUAAGUGCGCAUGACAAGUGGAGUUAUCACAAACAGUUAUAAAUGACAAUUGGUAACUAUGAUAUUUCAUCAAUGAAUUUGUUGUCAAAUUGUUUUGCUUGUUCAAAACAUUCAUUUCACCGCGCCAAAAUUUACACUACGGGGAACUGCAAAGAAAAAUACAUGGCAUCAUUAAAAUUAAUUACAGAACGCCCCAAAACUUCGAAGAUCAUAAGAAUAUCAAAAUAGAAUGCAUGCGCAAACUGUAAAGGCGAUGUACAUAGGAGAGCAAAUGGAUAGAGAGCAGUAGAUUUUACAGGUACUAAAUUUUACAGGCAAUCAAUUACUACAUAUUUAUGAUAGUUUAAAAUAUCGACAAAAAAAUAAGUAUUAUUUCCGAACUAAAUAUAACCCAAGUACUUGCACGAUAGUAUUUUGACACGUGUAUUUUAUCAUCGUCGUUCGUAAACAGUUUCAGGAAUUAAGAUCGUCGCUGAUCGGCGAUCUUUGGACCAAUACGAAAAAGUGUGUGUAAUAAUGUCAUAAGUUUCAAAGAUUUAAUAUUAAUUCAUUGUCAUAAAUUUUAUUAUUUUAUGACAAACAGCAUGUGUCGCGAAGUCCAAAACUACUAGGCACAGCCAACACACAACUGAUAUACUCAAUGAAAAAAAAGAAAAGAAGGGAGAAGUUAGCAAAAACAACAGUAUUCAAUUAAAAUCCAAACGGUAAAUAAAAACAUAAUGGAAGGUGUGUGGGUUUGGGAGUUCGAGCAGGUGUAGUAUGUAGCCACUUCCACUGGGUGAGACCUGGCAAUUAAUAUUCUUUUUCAAAGUUUCAGUCUUAAUGUAUAUCCCUGCUGCGAGCAAGUCAUGCUCGCAAAGGAGCGCGCCGAGAGUGGUCCCUCCUAACGCCCCAAUCAACCAAGGAUGACUCCCGAUUACAUCAUCAGGGAGAAGACGAAGGAGUGCCCCAGCAGCAAUAUGAAACGAUGGUCCCGGGGCUCUCCUACCAAUCCUCAGGACGACCACUGUAGAGGUUUUAGCCGGUACGAAUCCGACACUACCCGGCGCUCUCUCCUCGGAGGGCGCGAGCGCCUAUGAAAAAAAAAAAUCUUAAUGUAUAUGUAGGCUAAGCCGCCUGUGCGCGCUUUUUGCAUAACGAGAUAAUAUUUAAUUUAGAAUGAAAAAUAAAACGUCCUUUUCCGAAUUUUUCUCAUUUAUUAAAUAGAACAAUUGGUUUAAUAAAGCGUAGAAUGUUUUAUUUCUCCAAACAUCCUACUUUUAUCAUUUUGCAUUGAAGAUUCAAAAUCGCACUCAUGAUUCUUCCGUUUCUUUGCAUAAAACAUAAUAACGUAAUAGUGGAAAUAACCUAAAUAUAGAAUGCUAAUCGAAUAUUUACCAAGAUAUCCCUCAACUUAUUCUGACACUUACAGUGGCGGACAGAAGUUUAAGACGAUGAUUUGUAAAUCGGAUUACAAACAUCUUAUACGCAUAUUGUUCUUCUAUUGGGUUUGUCUCUUUGGAAUAACAUAGCUGUAUGCUUAACCUUCGUAACCUCAGACCGUCAGUUGUCAAAUACAAACAAUAUAGGAGUUAUAACAGUUAGUUACCGCUUAGCACUUGUAAACAGUGGGCAUUAGUUUAAGUCGAUCUGUGUAAAACCUGAAUAUGAGUACAGUUUUUGAACAUUUUGAUUCUGGAAUGUGAAAAUCAUUGUUUAGUGUACCUUUUAUUCCUUAAAAUUCAUUUAGGUAGAAACAGACUAUGGGUAAAUGAAAGAAUUUAUUUGAAAACGAAAGGGAACAAAUCGUAAGGCUGUGAAAGCAAAGUAAAAACUUCAUCGAAAUAGGAAAUAUAGUGAACAGGUCAGAAACGACUUGUAAGCAAGCUUGGUAUAAAUUUUUAAAGGCAGGCAUGUAUUGCGAUCAACCGAAAAACGGAAGACUACAGAAAACAACGCCAAAAAUGGAUCACCGGAUUCAUCGAUUGAGCGAAAAGGAUCGUUUUUGUAGUGCAAAUAAUAUUGCUGCGGAGAUAAACUAUAAAAACGAUACACAAAUUAGUGCUAGAACUGUUAAGAGAAGAUUAGAAGACUUUAACUUAAGAAGACGAAAACCCCCAAAAAAACCACUACUGAGUUCUAGGAAUCGAAAAAGACGACUUGCAUUUGCUAAAGCUCAUAAGCAUUGGACAAGUGAAGAUUGGCAAAUGUUAUUGUUUUCAGACGAAUCGAAAUUCAAUCGCGUCUCUUCUGACGGGAUACGGCAUGUUAGACGUCGAAUUGGCGAAAGUUUGAAAACACAGUGCGUUUUAAAAACUCUUAAACAUGGUGUUGGGAACGUUAUGGUGUGCGCGUGUUUUUCUCGAAGGAGUCCUGGUCCGAUAUGUCGUAUCAAUGGAAUUACGGAUCGUUUUCAAUACAUGGACAUACUGAAUGGAUGAUUUUAUUUUUCAAAAUGAUAAUGAUCCGAAGCACACGGCUUGGGUUGUGAAACAGUGUUUUGAAGAAGAAAAUAUUACCGUGUUGCCGUGGCCGUCGUAAUCACCAGACAUUAAUCCAAUCGAGAAUUUAUGGAGCAUCAUAAAAAAGACAGUACAAGGUUAUAAAGCGAAAAAUUUAAAUGAACUUUACAAUUGAAACAGCUUGGAGCAAUAUUACGGUAGAUCAAU